GUUAUUGAAGCAUUACUUGGGUUGGACAAAAAAGAUGAAGAUGGUGAUGAUUUGCCUGAAGCCGAGAUAACACCUGAUGAAGAUGAUAUUCAUGGGAGUGCUAGACCUGUUCAACCAGAUGAGAAAACACAUCCAGAGGAAAAUUACCAUUUUGUUGACGGGUUGUCAGAUAAUUACCUCUGCCCGAUACUGGCUGUGCUGCUACUAGAGCCUCACCUCACAGAGUGUUGCGGCCAGCACAUUUGUCAAAUAGCUGUUGAUCAGUUUUUCACACAUUCUUAUCCACGCCGUCCACCCUGUCCAUUCUGUAGCAAGCCAUUGGUCACUAUAAGAGACGCUAAUUUCGGACGUCAAGUGAGAGAGCUCCCAGUGUUUUGUCCGAAUAAGAACAGAGGGUGUGAAUUGGUAGCUGAGCUCUCAGAACUGGAGACUCAUAUAGAGCAGUGUCCGAGGCAGUUUGGUACUCCCGCCAAUUUAAAACUGAAAGCGCUAGGUCAUGAAGUAUUAAGCAAAGAAAAUGAAGGAAUUAUUGUGAAUGAGCUCAUGAAUAUCCGCAAGGUCUCACUUCAGCUUGGAAAUGCAUUAAAAGUGCCACACACUGUACUAGAGGGUAUUAAAAGCUACAAUCCAAAAAAUACGGCUAAUUAAAGUCAUUGAAGCAUUCUUAGAGGAUCAUCCCAGACCUAACUGGAUAUCCCUUGUGGAGGCCCUUCGUUCAGUCCAGUGUUCUAGGCUUGCAGGAAAACUUGAGAGAAAGUACUGUAGAGCUCAUGAAGAUGCAGAGGAACAGAAUGAUUUGCGUUUAGCUGACAAUAGUGUAGUGUGGCACACUGGACACAGUUAUGGUCAUGGACUUUACGGAGAUGUGAUGGAAGUAGCAUACAGAGGAACCACGAUGUAUGCUGCUAAAAAGUACCGACAUGUCGACAGAGCUACUGUAUUAAACCACUUUGGUCAAGACAAAUUUCUUUGUCGUAUUCAACAUCCAAACCUGGUUGCCUACUGUGGGGUAGGAUCGCUAGCUAUUGACCACUCUCCUGUAGUUAUAAUGGAAAGAAUGGACAUGAACUUGAGCACCUUUUUAGAAACCAACUCACUACCUGUUGAACAAAAACUUAAGAUUAUCAGUGAAGUAACUAAAGGAUUGAAUCAUCUCCACUCCCUGACACCAAUCAUUGUUCAUGGAGACCUCAAUGACAAAAACGUUCUCAUCUCCACACGAGUAGUUGCAAAAAUUGCAGAUUUUGGUAACAACUUCAUUGCACCACCAGAACUAGCAUCUGCAGCACAGAGAGCAGCACUUGAGUAUAUGCCACCUGAAAUAAUUGAAGGAAGUAAUUGCAAUGAAAAAGUUGAUAUAUUUUCUUUCGGUCAUCUCACAAUAUACGUAAUGAAUCAAUGUAAACCACACCCGAUAUUGGGACCCACUUUCAGAAAAGGGGGAGAGCUCACUGCUCGGUCAGAAGUUGAACGACGUGCCAAUUUCCUGGAUGAAAUGAAAGUUCAACUAGAUGGUGGCGGUACACAUCCUCUGUUUAUGAUGGUCACAGACUGCCUGGAUGAUGAUGCAGAUCAAAGACCAUCUUGUCAAGAUAUUCUUAAACGUGGCAUUUUCACUGAAAUGUUUCCUGGGGGAAAUGAAGAGCAGGCAUUUGGACCAGACACUGUCGUUAAAGCAACAAGUGUCAUACUAGGUCAUGGUGCAUUUGGUAGUGUUAUUGAAGUUGAAUGCAGAGGAAAACUAUAUGCUGCAAAAAGGUUCCACCCUGAGAAUGAAUUCAAUGAAGAGCACAAGAUUCUGGCGCACAUCCGGCACAGAAACGUUGUGCCCUACCAUGGCAUGUGCAAAUUGGCACCUGACAACACACCGGUUCUUGUCAUGGAACGAAUGGAAAUGAACUUGGGCACCUACCUCACAGCUGAACAAAAUACCAACUUGACACUCGAUAGAAAGUUUGAAAUACUUCAAGAUGUCAUUCAAGGUCUGAAUCACAUUCAUACACACAGUCCCAUAAUUAUCCACAGAGACCUCACUGCCCAGAAUGUGCUUCUUGAUGCACAAGGCACAGCCAAAAUUGGUGACUUUGGAAAUUCAUACACCGUGAAAUUGAAUGUGGCAAUGCAGGAACUGCCAAGUGCCACACCAGGAACAAUGAACUACAUGCCACCAGAAGCUCAAGACGCCGGUGAAUUUGAUGAGAAAAUUGAUGUAUUUUCAUUCGGUCAUCUUGCAUUAUAUGUCAUGAUCCAGCACCCACCUCAUCCGCUUCUGGCACACACAUACACUGUUGAAGGGGUGCACCAUGCCCGCAGUGAAGUACAACGUCGACAAUUAUACCUCGAUCAAGUCACGGACAAC